GGAAAAGCUCCGGUCCCUGCACCCCAAAUCGGUGCUGCCACUGCUGAUGGGGAGAGGGACCCCGGAGCCGGCCAGGACCCCCCGCCAUCACCCUUGACUCUGGGCGCUGGAGCCAUGGAGUGCUGCCCCUAGGCCCUGCUGAGCCCCCCCUCCAAGUGCCGCUCCGGGACUUGGGUCUGGUUCAGGGUCAGCUGCGCCCCCGGCUUUGGCCCACAACCCCUCACACCGGGUUAAUCAGUCACGGCCGUGGCCGCGGGGAAGGUGACACCAUCCUGGUGCCCGUCCCGGUCCCCUGCCCGUUCUGCCCAGCUGCCCAUGCUGGGAAGAGGCUCCACCACAGGACCCCAGGGCACGUUAAUGUUCAACCUGUGCCCAGUUAGGAGGGCAGCCAGGCCACGCGGCUCUCUGUGCCCGGGGGGAGACACCCCAUCUGCCCCACACCAGCAGCCCCUUUGGGCUCUCUCCAAGCCUCAUGAGGGCCCAGUGUCUGUCUGUCCAUCUGUGUACAGGAGCCCCCAGGGAGGGGACUGGGUGCUGUGGUGGGACUGGGGGUGACGGCAGUGCUGGUCCCCCCCGCAGCGCUGCAAAGAGCGGGUGAACUCGCUGGCCAUCGCAGUGAUGAACAUGUGGCCGGGGGUGAAGCUGCGGGUGACGGAGGGCUGGGAUGAGGACGGGCACCACCUCCCCGACUCCCUGCACUAUGAGGGACGGGCGCUGGACAUCACCACCUCCGACCGCGACCGCCACAAGUACGGCAUGCUGGCCCGCCUGGCUGUGGAGGCCGGCUUCGACUGGGUCUACUAUGAGUCCAAGGCACACAUCCAUGUCUCUGUCAAAGCAGAUAACUCGCUGGCCAUCCGCACCGGUGGUUGCUUCCCUGGCCAUGCCACUGUGACGCUGCAGAGCGGUGAGCGCCGGGGCCUGGCUGACCUGCGCCGGGGCGACUGGGUGCUGGGUGCGGAGCCAGGCGGGCGCCUGGUGCCCACGGAGGUGCUGCUCUUCCUCGACCGCAACCUGGGCCAGCGGGCUUCCUUUGUGGCCAUCGAAACCGUCAGCCCAGCGCGCCGCCUGCUCCUCACCCCGUCCCAUCUGGUCUUCGCGGCCCGCGGGGCAGCCAACGGCACGGCUGCCUUCCUGCCCAUCUUCGCCCGCCGCGUGCGACCGGGCGACGCAGUGCUGGCCCACGGGACUGGUGGGCAAGGGCUGCGCCCUGCACGGGUCCUGCGGGUUUCACGGGAGGAUGGUGUGGGGGUCUUCGCCCCCCUCACCUCUCACGGGACCCUGCUGGUCAAUGGGGUGCUGGCAUCCUGCUACGCUGUCCUGGAGAGCCACCGCUGGGCCCACUGUGCCUUUGCCCCCCUCCGCCUCUUCCACGGCCUCCUCUCGCUGCUGCCCACCCGCGCGGAGGCGGGCAACGGGACAGCCCCGGAGGCAGGCAUGCACUGGUACUCCCGCCUGCUCUACCAGCUGGCCGGGGGGAUGCUGGGCCAGGGGGUCCUGCAGGCGUAGGGCUCCCUGGCCCAUCGAGUCACCACACUGCAGCCAAUGCCACACACUGGAAGUCCCUGGACCCUCUUGGACCAGCAGGCGCUGGGGAGGAGGUUCAGGAGCACGCCCAGCCCCGUGGGGAGCUUGGGGUGUCUCUCAGCUCAGCGCUGCCCGGGGGCACAGUGUGGUGGGGACAGGGUCUCUGGGACAGGGUCUCUGGGUCAGGGUGUUGCAGGGUGGGCCAGGGACCCGGGCUCAGCCCCCUACCCUGUCCCAGAGACAUCCCGCAGCACUGCUGGGUGCCCGUCCAGACCCCUGCACCCCAGAACCCUCUGCGCUCCCUCUGUAUUUAUUGCUUUAUUAACUGCCAGGGCUGGGGCCAGGCUCACUCCCUGUCGAAUCCAGGCUGGACACCACUGGCCUCUGCCCCAGGGCCAAAUCCAGCCCAGGGGGGGCCAAAUCAGCCCAACACCGAGUACUUGGCAGCAGUUCCUGCCCGUCCCCCAGCUCUGGAUCUGGCCCUCCCGUCACCUGUGGUGUCCCCACGCAGCUCAGUGCCGCAGAGUGGCUGGACAUGGCGCCUGCCGUGGGCACAGACACCCUGUGCCGGGCCUGGCUCUAACUCCGCUAACCACUAACCUGCCCUGCUUGAGAGUUUUAUUUUUCUAUUUAUAAAUGGUAAUAUAAAUGUCCCCCACGCCUACCUGCUCUGGCAGUGGGGCGUGCCCCGCAGGGCAGGGGGCCAGCCUGCUUUUAACCACUUCUGUUUUUAAAACAAAACAAAACAAAACAGAAAUACUACUAUUUAAUUGUUCAGAUAAAUAAAGAGACUCUAUCUCCCUG